GCCAAUGGGCUGCGGGGAUGUUUCCCGGAGGCGAAGCGGCGGCCCCUCCCCCGGCGGCCGCUCCGGCUGGGGCUCGCCGGCCGGAGAGUUUCGCACCCGGCGGGGAGAUGCCGCGCGGGCUCCUUCUCCUCGCAGAUUUGCAACCAGCAUAAUGCUGAAGCUCCCAACUUGGAACAAGGAUUUCACAGAAUGGCACAGACAGAACCUAACCUGGACCAUGACAUAUCAUGGUUCCUCCUUCCAUCGUGCUGGGCGAAGAUCGUUGUGGCAUUAGUUUCCUUCCUCUGUUUUGCUAACAGCUAUGAUGGAGAUUUUGUGUUUGAUGAUUCUGAAGCCAUCAUCAAUAAUAAGGACCUCAGGGCAGAAACCCCACUUGGUGACCUGUGGCAUCAUGACUUUUGGGGUAGCAAACUCAGCAGCAAUACCAGUCAUAAGUCGUAUCGACCACUUACUGUCCUAACUUUCAGAAUUAAUUAUCUUUUUGCUGGAGGCUUCUACCCAGUUGGUUUCCAUGUCAUCAAUAUCAUACUGCAUUGUACUAUCUCAGUGUUGAUGGUUGAUGUGUUCUCAAUAUUAUUGGGUGGAUUGCAAUUCACUAAUAAAGGAAGAAGACUAAACCUGGCUCCAAAGACAUCUCUUCUGGCUGCUUUGCUGUUUGCUGUACAUCCAGUGCACACUGAAUGUGUUGCAGGGAUUGUUGGCAGAGCAGAUCUACUAUGUGCCCUAUUCUUUUUGUUGUCAUUCCUUGGCUACUGUAAAGCAUUUAAAGAAAGUAAGGAAGGACAUAAUUUUUCUGUAUUCUGGGUGCUGGUGAGUGUUCUCCUAGGUGCAAUAGCCAUGCUGUGCAAAGAACAGGGAAUUACAAUACUGGGUUUGAAUGCAGUGUUUGAUGCACUGGUGAUUAACAAGCUAAACGUUUUGGAGUUCAUUCAAAAAUUACUACGUAAGGACAAGUUAUUGGAGAGUACUGGUCUGCUAAGGAAGGGGCUGCUUUUCCGGAUAACUCUUCUGAUGUCCGGAGGGGCUAGUAUACUUUAUAUACGCUGGAGGAUUAUGGGCACAGGGCCACCAGCUUUUACUGAAGUAGACAACCCAGCUUCGUUUGCAGAUAGUCUGUUUGUGAGAGCUAUAAACUAUAAUUACUACUAUUCACUGAAUGCAUGGUUGCUGUUGUGUCCCUGGUGGCUGUGUUUUGAUUGGUCAAUGGGUUGCAUACCCCUCAUUAAAUCCGUCAGCGACUGGAGGAUAAUUGCACUAGCAGCACUUUGGUUCUGCCUAAUUGGCCUGAUAUGCCAAGCUCUGUGCUCAGAAGACAGCUAUAAGAGAAGAACACUUACACUUGGACUUGGAUUUCUUAUCAUCCCUUUUCUUCCUGCAAGUAACCUCUUCUUCCGUGUAGGAUUUGUUGUUGCAGAGAGAGUCAUCUACCUCCCCAGUAUUGGCUAUUGCAUUCUGUUUACAUAUGGAUUUAGUCUCUUGAGUAAGCAAGCCAAGAAAAAGAAAAUUCUUGCUGUGGCAGUGCUUGGAAUCUUACUGAUGAACGUUACGCGCUGUGCACUCCGCAGCAGUCAGUGGAGGUCAGAAGAACAGCUUUUUAGGAGUGCGCUGUCUGUGUGCCCUCUCAAUGCAAAAGUACACUACAAUGUUGGCAAAAACCUGGCUGACAAAGGAAAUCAAACUGCUGCAAUCAAAUACUACAGAGAAGCUGUAAGGUUGAACCCUAAAUAUGUACAUGCCAUGAACAACCUUGGAAAUAUUCUGAAGGAAAGAAAUGAGCUCCAGGAAGCAGAAGAGUUGCUGUCCUUAGCUGUACAAAUACAACCUGAUUUUGCUGCUGCAUGGAUGAAUCUGGGAAUAGUACAGAACAGUUUAAGAAGGUUUGAAGAGGCGGAGCAAAGCUACUGGACAGCAAUUAAACACAGAAAAAAAUACCCAGAUUGUUACUACAAUUUAGGGCGGUUGUAUGCGGAUUUGAAUCGCCAUAUAGAUGCAUUGAAUGCAUGGAGGAAUGCUACAGUUCUGAAACCAGAGCAUAGUUUGGCUUGGAACAAUAUGAUUAUAUUGCUUGAUAAUACAGGCAAUUUAGCUCAAGCAGAGGCCGUUGGAAGAGAGGCCCUGGAGUUAAUACCUAAUGAUCAUUCCCUUAUGUUUUCUUUGGCUAAUGUACUGGGAAAAUCACAAAAAUAUAAGGAAUCUGAAGCUUUGUUCCUCAAGGCAAUUAAAGCCAAUCCAAAUGCUGCCAGUUAUCAUGGUAAUUUAGCUGUGCUUUAUCAUCGCUGGGGAAAUCUUGACUUAGCAAAGAAGCACUAUGAAGUCUCUCUGAAGCUUGAUCCUACGGCACCUGGGACCAAGGAAAACUACAAUCUCUUAAGAAGAAAAUUGGAGCAAUUGCAAAAGAAAGGCGGUGCCUGAUCUUUCUUUUCAGGUUGUCCAUGCAUGCCGUUUACCAUUAGCGUUACAUGGUUACUUUUGACCAUGUAAAGGAUUCAGUCAUUAUUUCUCAAAAAUAACACCAGCAGCAAUGCAAACUUGAAUGUCCAAUUAUGCCCUCCUGCAGAUUCUAACAUUUCAGCUGGAGUUUGGAGAUCUUUUCAUUUUUACUCUUGGACUGCAUUUGAAGUCCCUUAGAACACUUUUAUAGGUACACGAAGGCAAUGCAGAUGGAAUUUCACAGCUGUGAAUAAAUAGCAAUAUUUGCUUUCACUUGCAAUUUGAUAUCUUCAUCUGACUUUUUAGCAGCAGGAUGAAUAUCAGAAGGCAGUUUUAUUUCUGAAAGUGUUUCUGGAAAAAGUGCAAUUUCCUGUUUAAAUCCUGAUCGUUUCAAGUAUGAAGAAUAUCUGUCCACUUCAGUUUUAUUACUGCUUUCUACUGCCAGUCCUCCAGAGCCAGUAGAAGAAUGGAUUCUUUCCAGCAGUCUACUCUUGUAAUUUGAGUUAUAUCUUGGUUCUUGUUUCUGGCUUCACCCUUUGAAGUGCAGAGUUUGUACAGGUGAAAAUGUGCACCACAAAAGGUUGGUCAGCCACCAAGCUGCUGAGAUAUGCUCGAGUGGAGAAAAUACUCCUAGAUUUAAGACAAGAUUUUAGCAAGCAGCAAAUGGAACAGAAAGAAGCGUGAGGUGACAGAAGAGUAAGCUAGAGUUUCUGUUCUUCAGGUAGCCUCAUCUAGCACAGACAACUUGGGCCACAAGUCAGAAUUACUUAAGCUCUUGCAGCAAAUUAGUGGUGUAAAUACAGUAUAGCGUCUACGGGAGCUGAUUCUCAUGGUCUAAGGCGCUGUAGUGCUUUUUGGUUGAGGACGUAACACCUAGCUCCUACGCUGUUGGUAAAUAAAGAGAAUUUCUGUGGGAAAAGUAACUGGGCAGGCAACCUGACCUUGACUGUUAAGGUAUGAACUGGAAGGAACUCUGGUAAACCUUUGUCUAGCCAUGGCUCCUGAGUUUGCUGAAAUCACAGAUAAAUACGCAUAGCUGUUAAUGUGUAAACUGGUCACGUUGAUACGGGAUGAUUCAGAGAUGGGCACCAAUUGAUACAGUCACUUUUCAACUUGCUGUGAUACACAUUUAAGCUCUGGCUGUCCAGAGUUGUUUAUAUUUACAUUCCUGUUUCAGGAAAUCAUCACAUCUAUUUUCUUGUUUGUCUUAUUUAAGAUUGGAUGACUUCUACUGAAUGUGAAAACUGAGGAACUUAGCCUCUCUUUUGUAUUCCUUUAUUUUUAUCCCCAUAGGAAGACACUGAUCAGUGCUGUAUUUGCAGCUUUCCUAAUUAGUGCAGUGAUUAUUUUAUAGGAGACUGUGGAAUGUUCUCCAUACACAACUCAUCUGUGAGUGUGUGGAACCAUUCAAAAUGUCAGGGAAAUGCCUGCCAUAGGACAGGAUGUCACAUGAACUUGCCAUCUGAGCACCAUGUAAGCAUUCUACAUCCAGACUGUGUCCUGAACCUGCAGUAGGCUAAUUUUUGAAAGUGACAGUUGAUUCAAGAACCAGUGUGUCUGCAAAGCACAGUGCAAUACUGCAGAGCUCAUAAGCAUCCUCUAACAAAGUCGGUUUGGGUACCACGAGUAGUGCAGCUAUUUCAAUGUAAUAUUCUUUCCAGAGUAACUAUAAAUCUAGACAGAAAGACUAUGGCAGUGAUACUGCACAAAUUUGGCUUUGAAUGAAUUAAUACACCUGCAUUGCACAUGCACAAAUCUUAUAUUUGUCCACUGAUUUUAGUUGAAGUACCAGAGGCACGUAUUUGUACUAGUGCAGUGCUCCUCUCCUGCUAUAACAUGCUCUGUUUCUCAGCAGGACUAAUUAGUUCGUGUGAGGUACCAACUUUGAUGCGUUGUUUCCAUUUCUUCUGGUUCUGCACCAGUAUGGCCUCCCAUCUUCUGAUGACCAGUAUAGUUCAGUCUUUAUAGUUCAACUUUCAUAUCUGAAAUAGAAAAAUAGAUAAACUGAAAUAGAUAAACCCUUCAGUACAGACAGCAGACUUUUAAGGCUUUCCAUGCCUAACUUAAUGUGCAUUGGGUAUAGAGACUUCAGUCAUAACGUAUUAAAGGGUUGGGAUCUGGCCGGAUGAGCUAUAAACUAGCAGAAAAUAGAUGUUUAAUAUAAUCAAGUCUUUUCUGUAUAUUUGGAAUAUGACCUACUGAGUUUAAAUUAUUAUUCUCAUCAUGAAGUUCAGAUGUAUAGUUGUCUCUGUUGCCUACCAGGUUAGCUUUACAGAAAUCCAGUAGAUCAAUAAUAUAUAUGGGGUCUGAAUUCUCUGUGUCUCAUUACGAACCAAAGUUGUUGCAGAAAUUCCUCUGUGGAAAUCAGUUUGUCCUCCUACUCAUGAGUCUUAGACGGAAGAGACAUGCCAACAUAUUGGACACUUUGUUGGCAUUUGAAAAUGGUGUUUACUCUUCAAGACAGACAGUGUGAUUUAUUCUUGAUUAGUUUUCUGGGCACCUAUUGUAUUAUUCUGUGUGGGACUAUUUGUUUAAUAUCAUUUUUUAGUGCUAUAGAAAUUCAGUGUGGUUACUUGUAUGAGAGUAGUAAUGAUACUCUUGUGACUGAUCAUAAUGUUGGGGCAUUCUUUGGGUUUGAAAGAAGCAAACUUUUAAGUUUAAAAUUCUUAAAACUUUCAAGAACGCUAGGCGUUCUUUGUUGUUUUAUUUUCAGAAUUAUUUUGAGAGGGCAACAUUUAUAAUGUUAACCGUUUUCUUAUUUUCUCAUACCUGGCUCCUGGAAUAGUGCAGAACACACACUCUGGAAGAAAGAAAGGCUUAGACAAAAGUGGGUUUGUAUGUAGCUAUUGUAACAAACAGUCUGUAUUUCCAGCAUGCUGGAUUUUUUUCUCCAUGUUGCCUUUCUACCAUUGCCAAUUAUGGAAGACUAUUUCCUUCUUACCAGCUGACCUGAUUCUGUAGUGAAAUCAAGAAACAUGGAUACACUUAUUUUUUUUUUUUCCAAAACUUUCUUGUUCGAAUACAGUUCUGAAGACAUACUCAGUGAUUCGAUGCACAGAAUGGAAUCAAUGCACAGAAUGACUACUACGGAUUACAGCCUAUUUUCACCAAAAACUUCCAAGAGAAUUCUGUAAUUGUAUGUUUCUCUCGUAUUUAGAAAAAUGUCAUGUACAUGAAGUUUCCUGUUAUUUAAUUUCAUACUUAGGUUUUAGAGAUUUAGGUUGUGUGUGUAUGAGCGCUCAGAAAUAAAAAUCUUCAAUACUUCUGAAUGGUACGCUACAAAUAUUGGGCCCUGUUAAUUGCAGUUUCCUCCAUAUUUUAGACAUCUACAUUUGAGCUGUUCAUCCUAGUUUCUCUGUAAUAGGAAUAAAACAGGUAACGUGAAAUACGAUUCAUCUCCUAGAGAAAAUGAUGCGAGGCAUCAUGUAUUUGAAACAGAUAUUCUUCACUACCUUCAAGGGGUUACUAAGAUGGUCUGCUCAUAUAUAUUAAGAAAAUCUCGGCUGAUUUCGGAUGAAUUAAUCCGGUCCUCUCUUACACCAUCCUUUGCACAAAGAAUAUGAAGACUGGCAUUGAAGGAAACUGGCAGGUACUUGCCUUAAGAGUCAGCAAUAGCGACUGGAUGAGGGAAUGGGAUAACACAAAUUAGAAGAGCUUUGGUUUCUCCAGACAGUUAAAUUUAUGAGACUGAUCAAGCAUCUGAUUGUCAAAUCUCUCCCUGCACAAGCAGUGCACUGGGGUCCAGUUCUAUCUAUUGUUAGCUUGUCUGUGAUCACAAUAAAUGAUAACAACUUAUUGUUAAAUUGACUUUUUGUUGUUCACUGUUUUAUAAGCAAUCUAAAGCAACUGUAUAUUUACAAAGACGAGAUUUCCUUAAAUUGAAGUUGCUGUUUCAAGCUGCAGCUGUUAGAAUGUCAAAUGUGAUAGCGUAGCCCAUUGUAUGUUUUGGGUUUUUUUACAUUAAAUACCUUAAUUUUUUU